CACUAAGAUGUGAGGGAGUUGCUGGCUGCACAAACAUGCUGAAGUCCUUUCCUGCUCCUGCAAGCAGAGUCUCGUUACAAGAACUGACAGGAAGCCUUCCGCCGCCCUGUGGAUUUGCCUUUUUCCAUUAUGGAUUUUUCUUCUUUUUACGAUAUUGCUGUUUCUAGAAAAUUGAAAUGGAUUUAAGUUUUAUUUCCAUUUUAUCUACAGUUACAUAACCUAUAUUGGAUUUUCCUUUUACCCCGCAAUAAGACUUCUGAUGUUUGGAGGUUUGCAAAAAGAAUUUCUACAGUUGUUCCUCUUCCCACAAAAAAUUGUAAUCUUUGAUAGUAACUUAUGAAGGGGAAAUUAGCCAUUUCUCUCAUUUGCCAUUAUACCUUUUAUUUCAUUGUGGAGUGGUAGCAGGGCUUAUCCAGAAGUCACCCCAAAAAAUCUUUCAUCAAACCUCAUCAAAGUGGCCAUGACUCUUUUAGACACAGAGCAAGCACUGCUUGCCAUACAUACAGUUCUGCAGCUCAAGCUCCAGCAGAGGAGGACACGAGAAGAGCUGGUGAAUCAAGGAAUAAUGCCACCUCUGAAGAGUCCUGCAGCUUUUCAUGAACAGAGGCGUAGCUUGGAGAGGGCACGGACUGAAGACUACCUAAAGCGCAAGAUCCGAUCCCGACCUGAGCGUGCAGAGCUGGUUAGGAUGCACAUAUUAGAAGAAACCUCCGCUGAACCCUCUUUACAAGCUAAGCAGAUAAAACUGAAACGGGCACGGUUGGCUGAUGACCUCAAUGAAAAGAUUUCGCAGCGCCCAGGUCCCAUGGAAUUAGUGGUGAAAAACAUUCUUCCAGUGGAAACUAGUCUAAAAGAAGUUAUCAUUGCAGAUGUGGAUUAUCCCGAGGUGGUAGACAACUCUUCUUUCGAUGAGGACAGCAGUGAUGCUCUUUCUCCUGAACAACCAGCAAGCCAGGAGUCCCAGGGAUCCAUACCAUCACCUAUAGAAAACAGGCCUAGUGAAACAACCCAGAUACCAGCGUUGUCUCCAAGCCAUGCUUUUUCCUGUGUGCAGUUUGGCACUGACGCCUUUAACCAAGAUUCCUUGCAGAGCACCGCAAAAACCAUCAGCAAUGGCCUAACUGCCUCUAUCUGCAAAUCUCUGCCAGCACUAGUAAAGCAAAGCCAACCAAAACCAUCUUUUGAAAAGUCCCAGCGCAUCAAGAAACCAAAAGAGCCCAAGCCCAAGGUGAAGAAGCUGAAGUAUCAUCAGUAUAUUCCACCUGAUCAGAAGCAGAAGGGGACUCCAGCCAUGGACUCUUCCUAUGCCAAACUCUUACAACAGCAGCAACUAUUCCUUCAGCUACAGAUCAUAAACCAACAGCAACAUCAGCAUUACAACUACCAAACUAUUCUCCCUGCCCCUCCAAAGCCUCUGCCAGACCAGCAGAACACAAACAGCUCCAGCACUACCACAGUGCGCUCCAUGUCUACAGUUGCCCCUUCCACCUUGGCCACACCAACAAUAACCAGGCAAAACAGCAAUGUAGCAGUUGGUGGAAGAACUGGGCCAUUGCCACACAAUUUAGAUGAGAUGAAGGUAGCGGAGCUGAAGCUGGAGUUAAAACAUCGUGGACUUCCUGUGUCUGGGACCAAGAUUGACCUUAUAGAGAGGCUAAAGGCAUCACAAGACCCCAGCACAGCCACAGCAGCAUCUGCAAAGCCCACACCAGUGCAGCAGGCAAAGCCACCUGAGGUAGUACCUAUUGUCUCCAGCUCCUGUCUUACUACAAGAGAGCCCAUAAAGCUCUGCAGUACCAGCUCAACGCCACCUGGAUCACCUUGUCCUUCAGAAGUGUCUGUAGUCAGCAUGGACGAGGUCUCAAUGAUCAGCGAUGCUUUAGGCGAGACCGUUGCAUGUCCUGUCACCCAGCAAGUUCAGCAAAAUCCUGCAGCUGAGAAGUCUCCACCAGACGCUCGAGACAAAGAUCUUAUGCUGCGUGAGAAGGACAGGCAGAUUGAGGAGUUGACUCAGAGGCUGAAACAAAAGCAGGAGUUAGUGGAACGACUCAGACAGCAGCUUGAGCAGGAGAAACGGACACCGCAACACAGUACCGAUGACCAGCAAGCUUUAAUUCUUGCAGUGAAACAGGAGCCUCUACCCCUUACCGUUGACUCCAUUAAUAAAAAGGCAAGCAGUAUUGUGAAAAAGGAGCUUAACACGGCUAUUAUUUGCCAGCAAGAACCACAGCUUUUAAUAGGUCCUGUGUCCAGUGGCAUUGAAGGGAAAGUAGACAACUCUGCAGGAACAAAACUAGUCUUUACACUGACCAACCCUAGCAGCCAGCUUCCUGAAGAAAACAGGCAAAUAGUUUUACAGAAAGUUCCGACCCCCCCAUCAUCCCUCCACCCUAACAACUCGCUGCCAAAGCAAGAGGUGCUCCUCAGCUGCUGUGCACUCCAGAAUCAGAAGCCUGCCCUGCAGCUUGUGCCAGGAACUGUUUUGUCAUUGUCCCCUUCUAAUCUACAGCCCAUGUUAAACAUGAAUGGAUUCCAGAAAUGGCAUGGGGAAGCUUCGGACUCCUUACAGAAGCAGAAGCUGGUGCAUAAUGAAUCUCCAGCAACCCCACCCCAACAACCAGAGCCUGAGCCCCCACCACACAGUAUUUUUUUGACCCAUUCUUCACCCCAAUGGUCAAAAAAUCCCCCUGGAUAUGAUGAAGCCAUGAAACAGCAGCCCAACAGUUGUGAGGAUGGUCGCCCAGGAUGCCUCCAAGCAGUAGACUUUUUUGAUGUUUUGAUCAAGAAUUUAGACAUCCCUUCAGAAUUCAAAGAUUAUCUGGUGCCAUGUCUUAAACAGACAUCUCCAAGUCACCAAGCUGCACAAAUGGUGCCACAGGUUGAAAUGGCCCCACCCCCUUCACCCAUUCACUCUGCACUAGGAAGGCUGGAGGAUUUCCUGGAGAGCUCAACGGGCACACCACUGCUACGGGGGCACCAAGAUGGUCCAUCUUCUAUGCCUCUUAUUGAUGACCUCCAUAGUCAGAUGCUGAGCAGCUUGGCCAUCCUAGAUCACCCACCCUCCCCUAUGGACACAUCCGAUCUGCACUUCUCCCCUAUAGGAAACUCCCUAGGAUUAGACAUUUCAGAGCCUCCUUUGGAUGGUAUGGACUGGCUUGAGCUGUCUGAGCCUCCAGCUAUGAAUCUGACUCCACUUAGCACAUUUACCCCCAGUGUCUUUUCCACGGAUUUCUUGGACAGCCAUGAUCUGCACUUACACUGGGAUUCCUGUUUAUAACCUAGCUCUUUGUUGGGCAUUAAGAAACAAAUGUGGUUAAAGAACUAGUUCAGCACUUUCCUGACUCCUUUAGGAAUUUCUUUCUUUAUCCCCUUGGGUGGUACAUAUGUAAACUGAAUGAAAAUGCUCCAUUUAGGGUGCCAAAUUGUAGAGAAUCCUUGGUUGCUACUCUUCAGAAGGGCCCGGACUUCCUUCAUUAAAGACACACAUGAGGUUGAGGGUAAGCAAGAAUUAAGCCUUGUCUAACCAGUUGUUCAUCCUUGAUGUGCCACAACCUCCUCCACUCCCGAUACCCUCCUGAUUGCCUUCAUUUUCUGUGUCAAAACCACUUAACCAAGCACUUCUAACUAACCCUCCAGUGCUGGAAUUUAUCCAUGAUAAGUCUUUUAGAAGAAGUUAUCUUGCCAUAAGUAACUCUUGGGUAGAACUACAUUGCUGGGAAAUCCGCAUCCCAUAUCCAAAGACUGGUUAGAGCUGCUGGAUAAAUCUUUGGUCCCCUUUCCCAGGUACUUGAAACUGCUGAGAAGUUUAGUGAUGACUCUUGACAUAACAAAACCCCUCUUCUUUCCCUUUAAAGCUGCUCAUAUCAUGUUCAAUCUAUGGCACUUCAGUUCACCCAACAUGAACUUUUGUUGAACUCAUGACCGUUAUAUCCUUGGUAUGUUCUGCAAAAGGUUUGGGGGACUUUCACUAUAGAUCAACCUCUGGUUCGGUGAACAAAAUAUAUAUAUUUUUUUUAAUGUUUUCCCAUCAUAAAUGCUGGGUACCUGGAAUCCUUGCUCAUAUCCGUGAAAUGAAUGUAAAAUGCAGAUGACCAUCUGUCAUUUCUGAGUAAUGUUGUGAGGCACAGGCAAAAAAAUAAGUAAAUUCAUUAAAGGAAGAAAAAUACCAAAAAAAAAAA